UACUUCAGCUUGACUUCAGCUCGCAGACUUCCGACUUCAAGCCCUCGACGUGUAUGGUGCUGGACGCGGAACAGGUAUAGUUACUUUGACUCGGGCAUCACUACCCGGUGGCCUGAUACGGCGGCGAGUCAUGUGGCUGAGGGUACACCCUCGCCGUUGUCCCAGCUGGCUGGCCUCACUGCUGGAUCCGUCAUUUGUGCUUGGUGGCAAUAAGGAUCAGUCAGCGACAUCAUCUCGAGGUCUGGCAUAUUAUCCGCAUAUCCUGACGCUCCGGGCCAGCACCGUGAUCGCGACGUACACGGAGAUGUUUAGAGUUUCCUCUGCCCAGAUCAUACCGAGUCCAAUUUACUGCCUGCGUAUCCUCCUCUCUGGGGGCCGCUUCUUGUGAGUAGUCAUGUUCAAUUCCGUUCUGCUAGUACUACAAAACAGAAGACACCAGCUCAGCUCAGCGUGAAACAGGUUGUAGUCAGGAUGCUCCGUAGCUGACGAUAUGACCC